UUUUAUUUCAAACUGCAAGGUGUACUGCUGGUGUGUGCUUGCAAUUUAUAUGAUUUAAUUUUUAUUAUUUUAUACCUGCCUUCAAAUAAAUUUUCUUGAACGGAAUAAAAACAACGUAAGUUUUAAUUGCACUAGUGCAAAGAUUGUUUUGAAAUAAUGAAAGCUAUCUUCACUUACCAGGCAAUAGGGACGUGAUUGCACCCAAAAGCACAACUUGCUGUUUUGACUGUUGAAAAAAGAGAAAAUGGAACACAAAGUAUCAAAACAGAUUCUUGACUCAUGGAAUUGUAUUUGCGAAGUACUCAUUAAGUACCACAAAACUGUUGAACUGGGUUUUAGCCAUGUGAAACUGCUUACUGCUCACAGAACAACUUUUGAUAGCGUUAAGCCAGCAGAAAUUGAAGACACAACUCUGUAUCGUCAAGACCCAGAAAUUAAAUCAAAACUCUUGCAUGCAAUUAGAAAAGAGAUAAACAUAGAGACCAAAGUUUUAGCUGAUGUUUUAAAAGAAUUAGAUCAAAUGCAUCAACUCAUAAUCAAGGAGUGUGACAAAGUGUUCAGCCUGUUCAACACCCUGCGGGAAAACUUGGACCUGAGUCACAUGACUGCUGCCACCGAGACGACUUCAUCCAUAUCGGACAUGUUAGCUGCUUUGGAUAGGUUUAAAAUAUAUUUUUCUGAUGAUCAUCUGGCAAGGAAAUAUUCAAUUGAAAGAAGCAGUUUAGGUGUUGCUCCUGAAGAUCUCUUAAGCUUUUGGGACUCAUCUGAACUGCAAAGUGUUACUCAAGAUGUUGGUUGCAUUAUUUCUAUUUCUGAGUGACAUCUGGAGUUGAAUGAUAAAAGAAAGUGUUUUAAUUAUACUCAUCGGGACAGCUCUCUGGUUUCUCCAACAAGCCUCCCGCUCGCACGUAAUGCAGCACUUCCAUGUUUGAACGUGCUGGAUAUGGUUGCUGUCCUAACGUCAUUACUUCCCAUAAAAGUACUCCAAAGGCCCUGUUUUGAAAGAAAGUAAGAAAAUUAUAUUAACCGGAGAGAACUUCCAAGGAACAAAGAACAUAUAAAACAGCAUUAAAAUUGCACAAUUAUCAAUUAGAAUUAUAGGCAAAAUAAACUAAAUUUUUGGCUGGACGUCUUUCGAUCCAUUUUUUGCAAAAGAAAAAAAAAACACAGCCCCAAAACAUACAUUCUAAUUGCUAAAUGUGCAAUUUUUCUGUAGCUUUUGCACAAAUGGGGCAUUAAGGAAUAAGAUCUUAUGUAUUUUAUAUACAAGAUCUUAUGCCUCAAUUCUCAAUCGUUGAUCAAUGAAAUGAAUGAAAUUAUCCUUCAGAAAUAAAGGAAUUACAGUUGAAAUUUUACUGAGCAAAUUUCAAAGCACAAGAUGCAAUUUUGAAAAUGUUGGAUAACACUGCACCAACUUUUUGGUCUUUUAAAUGUUAGUGAUGUUCAAAUUAUUUAAAGAAAUUAGAGCAACAUUCUCCAACACAAUACUGUUACACAGACUUAGAUAAAAUGAAAAGCUUUCUGCGAACACAAAUCCUAACUGGAAAAUUUUCUGCAAGUAAUUAUUUUGCCUAAUUCACCCUUGAAUAAAGAAUUAAAUUUAUA